GUUUUUGAUAUUCACAUGAGAACUCAUACGGGUCAAAAGCCGUUUUCAUGUGUGAACUGUGGAAAAAGUUUUAGUCAAAAACAGCAUUUAACUCGGCAUAUGAUGAUUCACACUGGUGAAAAGCCGUUUUCAUGUGUGAACUGUGGAAAAAGUUUUUGUCAAAAACGGCUUUUAACUCAGCACAUGACGAUUCACACUGGUGAAAAGCCGUUUUCAUGUGUGAACUGUGGAAAAAGUUUUUGUCAAAAACAGCUUUUAACUCAGCACAUGACGAUUCACACUGGUGAAAAGCCGUUUUCAUGUGUGACCUGUGGAAAAAGUUUUAGUCAAAAACCGACUUUAACUCAGCACAUGACGAUUCACACUGGUGAAAAGCCGUUUUCAUGUGUGACCUGUGGAAAAAGUUUUGGUUAUAAACUGGCUUUAACUAAGCACAUGAUGAUUCACACUGGUGAAAAGCCGUUUUCAUGUGUGAACUGUGGACAGAGAUUUAGUCGAAAACAGGAUUUUACUCAGCACAUGAUGAUUCAUACUGGUGAAAAGCCGUUUUCAUGUGUGACCUGUGGAAAAAGUUUUAUUCGAAAACAGGAUUUAAUUCAGCACAUGAGGAUUCACACUGGUGAAAAGCCAUUUUCAUGUGUGACCUGUUUAAAAUGUUUUAGUCAUAAACAUAGUUUAACUAAGCACAUGACGCGUCACAUAGUUGAAAAGCUGUAGAAGUAUGUUCCAUAAAUGUCCUAUGUUGUAUUUGUUAAAUGUGAUCAUUUUGAUCUUCACAUUUGGAUACUUAGAGAUGUUCAACCAUGACACAUUUUC